AUGCGGCAGCUGUGCCGGGGCCGCGUGCUGGGCAUCUCGGUGGCUAUCGCGCACGGGGUCUUCUCUGGCUCCCUCAACAUCCUGCUCAAGUUCCUCAUCAGCCGCUACCAGUUCUCCUUCCUGACCCUGGUGCAGUGCCUGACCAGCUCCACGGCGGCGCUGAGCCUGGAGCUGCUGCGGCGCCUGGGGCUCAUCGCCGUGCCCCCCUUCGGCCUGAACCUGGCGCGCUCCUUCGCGGGGGUCGCAGUGCUCUCCACGCUGCAGUCCAGCCUCACGCUCUGGUCCCUGCGCGGCCUCAGCCUGCCCAUGUACGUGGUCUUCAAGCGCUGCCUGCCCCUGGUCACCAUGCUCAUCGGCGUUCUGGUGCUCAAGAACGGCGCGCCCUCGCCCGGGGUGCUCGCGGCCGUGCUCAUCACCACCUGCGGCGCCGCCCUGGCAGGAGCCGGCGACCUGACCGGCGACCCCAUCGGGUACGUAACGGGCGUGCUGGCCGUUCUGGUGCACGCCGCCUACCUGGUGCUCAUCCAGAAGGCCAGCGCCGACACGGAGCACGGGCCGCUCACCGCGCAGUACGUCAUCGCGGUGUCCGCCACCCCACUGCUGGUCGUCUGCUCCUUCGCCAGCACCGACUCUAUCCACGCCUGGACCUUCCCUGGCUGGAAGGACCCGGCCAUGGUCUGUAUCUUCGUGGCCUGCAUCUUGAUCGGCUGCGCCAUGAACUUCACCACGCUGCACUGCACCUACAUCAACUCGGCGGUGACCACCAGUUUCGUAGGCGUGGUGAAGAGCAUCGCCACCAUCACAGUGGGCAUGGUGGCCUUCAGCGAUGUGGAACCCACCUCUCUGUUCAUUGCCGGCGUGGUGGUGAACACCCUGGGCUCCAUCAUUUACUGUGUGGCCAAAUUCGUGGAGACCAGAAAGCAAAGCAACUACGAGGACCUAGAGACGCAGCCCAGGGGCGAGGAAGCACGGCCAAGUGGAGAUCAGCUGCCAUUCGUCAUGGAGGAGCUACCCGCGGAGGAUGGAAAUGGCGGGUCAGCAGGUGGCCCCACUCAGAGGAGUGGGCAAGAGGCGAGGGGCAGCCCCAGCGGAGGCCCGCAGGUGGCUAGGAGUUCGCAGAACACAGAUGGCCCCGCGGAAGUGAGCAAGAGGUCAUUGAAGGAUGCUUACCUGGAAGUGUGGAGGUUAGUUAGGGGAACCAAGUAUAUGAAAAAGGAUUAUUUGAUAGAAAAUGAGGAGUUACCCAGUCCUUGA